AUGUCAGGCGUAGGUCAUCGCUUGCUGUUGGUGCAUCUCUUCCUGCCAGACACGCUGGCCUUCCACCCCUGGGACGAAGAUUCGGACGCAGCAGGGCACGUAGCCACUCUAGGCGAAGGUGGAGGCGGUGGAGGCAACAUCGUCGUCGACUCUCCUGCCGACUCUUCACGCGCUGAGGAUGCCCUCAAUACCCCACCAGCUGCCACGCAUCACUUGCCCUUACACGAGCUCUCCGAUCGUCUCGCCAAAGCGAACCUCAGAAGUUCUGUCCAGAGCAGCGGACCUACCAGCCUAAACGUCCCCCAACGAAAUUCGGCUUCCAGGUCGGCGCCCGAGUCUCGCGAGCAUGUCAGUGUGGCUAGUGUCGGAGCGAGGGAAAAUGCGCUAGAAGAUGAUAGCGCCGUCGACAACGACGACGAGGACAGUGGACCCGAGAUUGGUGCUGCUAGGGUACAGCGGACGACGCGAUCAGCUCGAGGUUCUUUCAACGCAGACGCAAAUGCUCGCAAGAUCACAAUGACCAGUCUCAUAUCCGAAGGGUCUGGACAAGGAGGCUCGAGCACUUUGGAGUCACAGCCGAUUCGUGUGCCGUCGCCUGCCAACGCUUCCGCAGCCACGCGAUCUCGCCGCAAUAGCCCGAGUGGUGCUCUUCGACCCAACAUUGCGGCACUCACAGAAACUCGAGGAGCGAAUGCUGAGGGCACCGACAUCCCUGUGGCCGCAGCCUCUGAUCAUGGAAGGGGUGUAGCCUCUACUUCACCGGGAACCCAGCUUUCGGGCUCCUCUCUGAGUGCUGCGACGCCUCUAUCAAGGUCUUCCGGAAGCGGCUCGCAUGUUGCUGGCAGAGAAAACAAGGGUGGCUUCACGCAAGGUGGCUCACCGUUCGGUCCCAGGGCCAUUCCUCCGGGUGCCCUCGGCUUGACUGUCCCUGGCGAGAAUGAUUCGAGAUCGGGCACAAAGACUCCCGGAGCCAAGGCUGGAGGCAAAGCUGGCACCUUGACGCCGCUCAGCAUCAUCGGAGACUUGGCUGUGAGUGCGGAUGAGCGGUAAGCUGAACGCCAAAAGCUGAUGCUGACGUCUUGGUCGCCUCGCAUUAGGCCAAGCAAACUUCCAUGCAUGCUCUCUCCACACCAGGUCCGCAAACGCCCGGCGACAAAGAGAGGCAUCAUCCAUUUGGCUCAGGUGCUGUCACCCCUCGACACGGAUCUCAAGCGCCUGGUCACUCUGUGCGUACACCGGGCUUUCCCCCGAAUGCCAAAGGCCCUUCGCAAGGGGCACUGAGUCGGCCGCCCAUGAACCUGAGCAUGUCAGCUAUGAAGGUGCCACAAGCGCGCACAGAAGGAAUGAGUGGUGCUGCGACAGGAGGUGCCAGCACUCCACACCACCACUCUUCGCUCAGCUUUACUGGACUGGGAGGUGCCAAAAAGUCAUCAGGCGGUGGGCAAGCUGCUGCGACAGCGGUUGCCGGCACAGUAUCUUCCGCACUCGCAGGAGGCACCAUCAAUGACCAUGGACGGGGCGUCGUUGCAGAGACUUCACCUCCUGGGCCAGUCGCGCGACCUCACAGCAAAUCCAACGAGGACAACAAGGCGAUCUCGGGGAGCUCGGCAGUAGGAACUCCUCACGACAGAAGCGGAAGGGGGUCUGACAGGAGAAACUACGCAGGCUCAGUGGUUGGGACUGGCUCUCCAAAUGCGGUGGCUGAGAAAGCGCGCCAGACGCAUGGCGGCAUCAUGCCGCCAUCUUCUUCCUUCAACCGCAUGAGCUCCAAGAACAGGGCACCAGGGCCUCGUUGCGGUUCACGCCGCAAUCCAUCAUCGACCGGGCGUUCGGUAGGCAGACGAGCUUCCGUAGCUAGCAUGACGGAUGCAGGCGGAGAGAGCAUCAUCUCCGCCUCGUCGACACCAGCGCACAUUCCUCGAUUCGACUUUGAGCCGAAUCCCAGCGCAAACGGUGGCUUGGUCAACGCCGUCGACAGCGUAUCUCGCGAUCGCUUGCGAGCGGGCAAGGUGUAUGUUGGCACGCCAGGCAUCUCCAUAGAUGACUGGGCUGGGCCGAUCGAGCGCGCCUUGAUUGCAGACAGGCUCCGCAAUGAGCGGUCUAGCACUCCGGUGUGGUUAGAGGAUGACCUCAUGCAGGGUCACUAUACACAUUUCUGCAAACAAAUCCUCUGGCCCACUUUUCACUACACACUGCCAUCCCAGCGCGGGCUGGAGCAAGAGCACGAAGCUUUCGUGUGCUAUCGCGAGGUGAACCGAAGAUUUGCAGAUGCCGUCGUGGCCGAAUACAGGGAGGGGGACAUUAUCUGGGUCAACGACUACCAUCUCUUGUUGGUGCCGCAAAUGGUCCGUGAACGCUUGCCGUAUGCCACCAUUGGCCUCUUUUUGCACAUUGCCUUUCCCUCGUCGGAGAUCUUUAGGUGUCUCUCGGUACGAGAAGAGCUUCUGCGAGGCAUGCUGGGUGCUGAUCUGAUAGGCUUUCAAACCCACAACUUUUGCCGGCACUUUAGACAGACAGUCAGUCGUAUAUUGCAAUUGGAAGCGACGCCAAAGGGCAUUCAGAUGGACUCCAACAGAGGGGGCGGGUUCGUCACGGUCAGCGCAUUUCCGAUUGGAAUCGACGUCCGCAAUCUCAAUCGGAAGCGUGCAGAUCCCGAAGUGGGCGAGUGGGUGGCAAAAUUGCGCGAAAGGUAUGAUGGGAAGCGCGUCAUUGUCGCGCGGGACAAGCUGGAUUGGAUCAAGGGCGUACGUCAAAAGCUCCUCGCUUUCGAAGUCUUUCUCGACGAGCAUCCCGAAUGGGUCGGCAAGGUGGUUCUCAUUCAGAUCGCUCUUGCUACGACUGAGGACAAUGACGAGAUUGGGGCUUCUUCAGAGGUGGUCUCGCGCGUCAACAACAAGCACUCUAGCCUCGCAUACCAGCCCGUCGUCUUCUUGCACGUGCAAGACAUGACCCUCAGUCAAUACCUCGCGCUCCUUACCAUCGCGGAUGCUUUCCUGGCCAGCAGUCUACGCGAAGGUAUGAAUUUGACAUCACACGAGUAUGUCGUUUGUCAAGAGGAGAAGCACUCGCCGCUCAUCCUUUCGGAAUUCACCGGAACGUACUCUGCGCUGCGGGCAUGCAUCGGCAUCAACCCGUGGAACACCAAACAGGUGGCUCACGCCAUUCAUAAAGCAGUCACAAUGUCCGCUGAAGAGGCCUCUGCGCGCUGGGAAGAUCUUCAUCGAUGCGUUCUGACCCAGACUUCUCAGCACUGGCUGACGAGCCUCCUCAGCCGGCUAGAACGAGCGCAUUUGGAAACUCAAAGGCGGCAAUCCUCUUUUAUUCCGCGACUUGAAGUCGCUUCGCUCAUUUCCGAAUGGAGAGCGGCGCGAAAACGGUUGUUACUCAUCGAUCUCGAGGAUACGCUCAUGCCAGCACCAGAGAGAGAUUUUCCAAAGGAGCCAGAGGAGGCCCUGAUCAAGCUACUCAAGGACCUCUGUGCUGACACCAAGAAUAGAGUAUAUCUAUUGAGUGGUAGAGGGACGAGCGACUUGGAAAGUUUCGCCAAGGAUCUGCCUGCGAUCGGAUUGAUCGCCGAAAACGGAUGCGCGGUCAGCUACGUCGGCAACACCUCGCAUUCCCAAGAUCAAGCUAGCCCUGGAGGAAGUGGUGCACGCCAAUGGGUCUCCUUGGUCGCCGGCUACAAUCUCUCGUGGAUGGCGCCAGUGCGCGAAAUUUUGUCGUACUUCUCCGAGCGUACAGAAGGCAGCUACAUGGAGGAGCGCGGAGCGUCCAUCUUGUGGCGCUUCUGGUCACGCUCUGCGGGAGACCCGCACUCGCAUCAAGCGCAGUGGGCACGGAAGCAGAGCGCCGAGCUGCAAAACCUGGUCUACGACUCGCUUGGGGAGCGCUUCUCACUGCGCAUCAUUCCUGGCUCCACCAGCUUUUUGAUCAUGCCCAAAGGUGUGAGCAGAGCUAGCGCCGUGCAGCACAUUAUAAGUCUGUCGCAGAUGGGAGCAUCGGCUGCUACGCCUGCUAGUCCUGCUUCGCCUGUCGUUAAUCCGUUUGGUAUGGGUAGACAUGUGAGAAAUCCAGCAGUGGAGUCCAUCAAGGGAGGGACCCCAGUCAGGGACAGCAGUCCAUACAAGCUGCCCAGCAACGCUUUCAUGCCAAUGUUCCAAACUCAGCGAGAGGUGAGCCGAGUGCCGUGAUUUGGCAACGAGGUCGAGAUGCUGACCUCGAUCUUUGAUGAACAAUAGCACGACUUUGGUCCUUCGAGGCACAACGGUCCGGCCGGCGGCGGCUCGUUCGACUUUGCUUUCGCACUCGGACAAGACGAUGCCUUGCUGGCGUACGUAUCUACCUUGGACAUGCUCUUUGCUCCCAUCACCUGCACGUCCAGCGCAGAUAUGCGAGGCUCGGAAGCCUCGUUUUACGUGCGAGGUCAGGGCGAGGCUAGAGCUGCUCUGAGGGAGCUGGUUCAGAGCAGAGUCAGAGACGCCGUUUGGGGCCGGCCUGCUAUGAGCGACAUUUAA